AUGGCAGGCUGUAGAGAUCAUUUCCAGAAUUCAUCACCAUCACCACCAAAUGAAGCCCUCUUCUUUGUUCUGCCAUAUCUCCCCCUCUUUGAGCUUCUUGCCAUGUCUCAAGUCUGCAAAUCACUGAGGUAUGCCGUGGCCACUGAUCUUCUCCCAUGGCUGGAAAUUGUCGUCUGCUGGCCUCUCAAUCUGCGUAUCUCCGAUGACAUCCUCGCCGGAAUUGCCUCCAGAGCCGGUGGCAAGCUGAAAACUCUUGCCCUCAUUGGAUGCACCAGGAUCACAGAUGAUGGACUUCUCAGGGUUGUAGCUCAAAAUCCCUCAAUCACUAAGCUACUUCUCCCGGGGUGCACGAGAUUAUCGCCUGCCGGAGUCAUUACAGCCGCGAAGCUACUGGCCGGAAACAGCCACAAAUUAACCACCCUCGCCAUCAAUGGCAUCUACGAUAUUCAAAGGGACGACCUCGACACCCUUCGCAGCCUCAUCAAACCAGACAAUGAAAACCAGAAGACACUAUACCACAAGUACAAGCAGUCAUCCUUGAUCCUUCCAUCGACUGAUCGCGCAAUAGAUGUCGACGUUUGUCCUAAGUGCAACCAAGCGAGAAUGGUGUUCGACUGUCCUAAAACCCCUUGCCCGAAGCGGCAGCAAUUUAAAUGCAGAGGAUGUGAAACGUGCACGGCGCGCUGUGUGGAAUGCGGUGUUUGCAUAACAGCCUCGGAGGAACCUGAAGAGGCUGCGUGCAACGACACACUCUGCUUGGAUUGCUGGCUGCAGCUGCCCAAAUGCAGUUUCUGCAAUAAGCCGUACUGCACCCAGCACGCCGAUCAGCAGCAGAAUGUCGCCGGUUCUUCAGGGUUCCUAUGCGACGCUUGCCACGCCGAAUUCUUUUGAAUGUCGGAGAAGACGACAGAAAUCAUUGGGUGCAUCUCUUUUUUUACAGAAUGCGUCGAGUUUUAUCAAAAUCGGGUGCAUCCAACAUGUCCGAGAACUCAAAGAGGACAGAAUGUGCGGAUCGACUGGCCAAGCGCCGAGUCAUUCGCAAAGGUACCGUGUAUUUAUUACCAGAUAUCGUAAUUAUACUGCAUAGAAUCGAAGUAUAGUAACAAGAUAGUCGAUCGAUACCUUGUAGGAAGACGCAAGAACCGUAACCUGCAGCCGGAGAAAGAGUUACCGGAACAAACUUGGAUUCGUAGUCGAGAUUGCGGCCACACUGUUGAAGUCGCAGGUUCCAUCUCCCAUCGCCAUCCGCUGAUAAUAAGCGUUGAACGCGUACGAGGCGUGUCCCAGGAUGCUAUCCCGUUCGUAACACGGUUUGCCCUGCAUGAGCAAAGAGCAGUCGACUUUCCCAGGCCCGCACGCCCAGUCGAGCGCCACGUGUAACAUCCUCUUGUCCGCUCCGUCCCUUGCAACGCAGUAAGUCUCAUUCGCAGUAUCGCUCGCCAAGACGGUCCCGGAAUCCGUCAAGUGCAGAGCAUACACCGCCGUGCCAUCCACGUCGAACAGCCCCCAAUUCUUCCCGGAAACGGUCCCUGGCUUCACGUCCUCGUUGUAAAGCUCAUAAAUGUAUGUAACGACGGAAAAUCGAGGAUGCUUCGGAGUACUUAGCCUUGACAUAGUUGAAAUACGGGUAGACGUUUAGCA